GAAGAGAGGAGGGUGUGGGGAUGGAGAAGAACACGGAAAAAAGAUGCAAAAAACCACAAAGAGACGAAAAAAGGAGCAUGAGGAGCAGCACCAAGAGGGGUCAGGGGUCAGGGGUCAGGGCUCCUUUACCGUUGAGCCCUCAUCCAUCUAUUCUGGGCUCCAGGUGUGCAGCUCUGCUCUGGACUGCUCUGGCCACGCCCACUCUCUACCUGAAAAGAGGAAGUGUGGAUUAACAUCCACCUGCUGCACGUCACCACUCAGACACAUCAGACGCUGGAGGAGAGAAGUCCUUCUGCUCGUCAGCAGCUUCACAGCACCACCUGGACUGGUCUCACGGUGCACCACCAGUGUGCCGGGCACCGUCUGGAACCGCUGACAGGUUUCACUCUGAACAAUGGGCAACACACAGGACAACGGCCUCAACGACACAACCAGCAACUACACUGACUACAGCAACUACACUGACUACAGCAACCAUUUUCAGUUUGGUAAUCUCUCUGGCUUUCCCAGUGUUGAUGAAGUUGCGUUAAUCCAGUUUGUGGUGACAUGCCUAAUCAUUUGUCUCGGCCUUCCUUUGACCCUCGGGGCCAUCUAUGGUCUUUUCUCUCUGGUGAGAAAUGGUGAAGUUGCUCCGAUCUACGUCAUCAACCUUCUCAUCUCUGACCUCAUUCAGUUCUGCUGCUUGAUCGCUGAGGUGGCAGGGCGUAAGGACAUGAACGCGUCCAAUCCUGACUACUGGGAGAUAUUUUGGGUCUUCAAGUAUAUUUACGACUACAGUCUGUUGGCCAGUAUUGGCUUCAUGGUGGUCAUCGCUCUAGAAAGGUAUUUGGUCAUCGUCCACCCACUGUGGUACCGCUUCAGACGAACCAUCAAGACCUCUAUGCUGAUCUGUGUCCUGGUCUGGAUCCUCCCUGUUGUCCCUGUCCUCACUGAGCGUUUCUAUAAUAUUUACAGUUUCGAUAUUGUCAUUUCCAUCAUCUUUCACCUCCUUCCUCUCCCACUGCUCAUAUUUUUCCUGAUUGCGACCCUCAAAGCCCUGUAUGCUUCCAUCUCGGUCCCAACUGACGAAAAACGACGAAUUGCAGGAAUGUUGAUCCUGGUGCUGCUGAUUUACACGCUGCUGUUCCUGCCAAACAUCAUUUUGAAUGUGUCCUGGUACGAUUCCUUUACCAAACCAAAUGGAUACAGCAACCGACAUCUUGACCCUCUCUAUGACCUGGCUCCUGUGUUUCUUAAGUUGAGUCCUCUGGCAGACUUAGUUCUGUAUAUGUUGAUGAGGAAAGGGACCAUACGCCAGCUUUCAGCCUGUUUGUGUCGCUGCAGAACAGACAGCAAUGAAAUCAGAUCUGUAACUGUGAACAUGCCUGGAGAGAGAGAUGGAGAGAGAACAGAAGAACUAAAGAAAAGUCCUACUGAUAUGAUCUCUAAAUCAUAGGAACUUUGUCUUGAGUGCUGUUGGGAAAUGUUUUGUUAAACCUGCUGAGGUUCACAGUGAUGACUUCAACAAGUAUGUUUAUAUUCGUGUGUUAGAUGUGAUUUAAUCUCUGUUGUUUUCAUCUUUUAAUAACAGAAACAUAUCAGAUAUUAUAUUUGGUUCACUGAGCUCAUUGAAGUCUUUGUCCUGAACCUUUCUUUCAGUUUCUGGAAUAUUUAACACAGAAACAUUAUCUUAAAAAAUGUCUUUAGGACAUUAAAGUCUCAUUAACAUUUUUUAUUCCAUGGUUUAAUGUUUUCCUGUUAUAACUCAUGUGUGUCUAUUCAAAACGAUCUAGAGUUAAUAAACUCCAAACUAUUUGUUUAUCAGUACUCAUUAAAGAUACUAUUCUGUUAAUUUUUAGUGGGAGGCAUGGUAAAUUUUGGGAU